ACAUUGCUUUAGUAUUAAGCAACAACAAUCGCCGAAUAAGCGCUGCAGCCGUUUGUAUUAAGCUAGCGCAUCAGUUUAAAAUUUAAUCAAAUAUUGUUUUUGACACACUUUAAGUUUGUAAAGCCGUGUAACAAAGCCAGUGUACUAAUGUCCAUAACCUUACUGCGAGGUGGCAAGCAAAAGACAACCACUUGCGUAGGAAUGACCGUAAUGGCCAAAACUACAAUUGAAGAAAUAUGCGAGAAUGCCAAAUUAGCACGCGACAUGGCUUUAACGGGCAACUACGAUUCUGCCUGCAUUUACUACGAGGGCUUGCAGGGUAUGCUGGCGCGCCUGCUAAAGAGCACCGUGGAUCCCAUGCGAAAGGGCAAAUGGAGCAUGAUCAACCAGCAGAUCAAUCAGGAGCAUGCUAAAAUCAAGGCCAUACAACGCACACUGCAAGACAUCUCGCUGGAUCUGCAGACGAACAAAUUUGCCCACAAGCUGCGCACGCAGCUUAGCGAAGAGAGCCAUGUGAACAAAGAUCCCGCUGCCUGGUUCAAGCCCGAUCCCGACAUCUGGACACCGCCACCCAAAGAUCCAGAUGUCUGGGGACCACCGAAACCGCCGCCGUCCAUUCAAACGGUGGGACGACGCGCCACCAGCACCGCCAAUAGUCGACGCACUUCAGCAGCCCCCCAAUCGAGCAGCGGCCGGCCCAGCACAAUCCCACAGAGCACCACUCGUAAUGCUGGGGGGCGUGGCAACGCACGCAACUCGGCAUCUACAUCGCGUGGAGGCGCUGCCAAUGGUCGACUGGGCGGUCGCAAAUUGUCCACCUCAAAUAACAAUAAUAAUAAUAACAACAACAACGAAGGCAAAGAUGACGAGGCCACGGCAACGGGGAGGCACAAUGGCACCUCAGGCGAAGGUGGCGAUGCCAGCGAACAACAAUCCAGCGAGGAGGAACGCAAAUUUCAGCCCAACAAUCACAUCGAAGCGGAACUCGUAGACAUACUUGAACGUGAUAUACUGCAAAAGGAUCCAAAGGUGCGUUGGAGCGACAUUGCCGAUCUGCACGAUGCCAAGCGGUUGCUCGAAGAAGCCGUUGUGCUGCCCAUGUUGAUGCCCGACUACUUCAAGGGUAUUCGCCGUCCGUGGAAGGGUGUUUUGAUGGUGGGUCCGCCUGGUACCGGCAAGACAAUGCUGGCCAAGGCGGUGGCCACCGAAUGUGGCACUACUUUCUUCAAUGUCAGCUCCGCAACACUCACGUCCAAGUAUCGCGGCGAAUCGGAAAAGAUGGUGCGACUGUUGUUCGAGAUGGCACGAUUCUAUGCGCCCAGCACCAUUUUCAUUGACGAGAUCGAUUCGUUGUGCUCACGACGUGGCUCCGAAUCAGAGCACGAGGCAUCGCGACGCGUCAAAUCCGAGCUGCUGGUGCAAAUGGAUGGCGUGGGCGGUGGUGAGGAGCAGGCAAAGGUUGUCAUGGUGCUGGCUGCCACCAAUUUUCCCUGGGAUAUUGAUGAGGCGUUGCGUCGCCGUCUCGAGAAACGCAUCUACAUACCACUGCCAACGGAUGAGGGGCGCGAGGCGCUGCUCAAGAUCAAUUUGCGUGAGGUGAAGGUCGACGAUAGCGUGGAUCUCAAUUAUGUGGCCAAUCAGCUGGAGGGCUACUCUGGAGCUGAUAUUACCAAUGUGUGCAGGGAGGCUAGCAUGAUGUCCAUGCGACGCAAGAUCGCCGGAUUGACGCCGGAACAAAUACGACAGCUGGCCACUGAGGAGGUGGAUCUGCCGGUGUCGGAGAAGGACUUUAAUGAGGCCAUCAGUCGCUGCAAUAAAAGCGUGUCCCGGGCGGACUUGGAUAAAUAUGAGAAAUGGAUGCGAGAAUUCGGUUCGUCAUGAUGGCGCUAUCAAAGUCGAGUGACAGAGGAGGAGAUCCAAUACCCGAUUCCAUCAUCGAUUCAUAUAUUUAUAUAUAUACACAUAUAUUUUUGGAUAGCAACAACAAGAACAACAGCAAAGCUUUUAAAGUGUCGAGAAAUAGGAGAAAAAGUUGAAACAUAUUUUAUAUACUAUAAAAACAUUUUGUAUAUAUACUAUAUGAUAUAUGCACGAGACGAUAUGAGGAUAUAAACAUACAGAUAUAUAUAUAUUGUAUACACACGAAGCGUUGGAAUUCAAAAGACUAACAGUUCUUAAAGAGGAAACACAAAAACAAAAGUAACUGAAAAUAAUGGAAAAACUGCAAAGCAAGAAAAAGUGAAAUUGAAAUUGGAAAUCAGGAGAUUUCGUUAAGAAGCAAUCACAUAUACACACACACACAUCCAGCACAAUCCUUUCUUCCUUCCAAAACAAAGAAAAUGAAAAAACCUUACUAAUACAUUUUUAGUGGAAACCACACACAAAACUCACUCUAAAAACUAAGCCUAAAGUUAUAAUUAUAAUAUAUAUUACAUGCCGCUUAGCCUUUGGCUUCAUUUAACAUUAGCCGCCUCUA